CCACCGGGCCCUAGUUGCCUUAGCAACUGUUUGGCGUCCUUUGCCCAAAGGGCGGGCGUCGAGCGCGACAAGAUGGAGGGUCAGAAGGCUGGGCCUGAGCUUCAAAAGUUUUACCAUCAGUUGCUGAGUCCGCUGUCUCUUUUCCGGCGCAAGGCUACAUCCCCAGAGCCUCAAAAGCGCCGCCCAGAAAAGGAGGCGAGAUGGCAGACCAUGAAGCUCGCUAAGCUGAGGGUGGCUUCGCUGUGCAACCAAGUGGCCAAGCAACUGGCUAGUAGCGGGCUGACGGCGCAGGUGUCUCCCAAAGAACGACUGCGUCUCACCGAAGUCAUCCUGAACGAGCUGAAGUGCAGUUGGCAGGAGCCUCCUGCCGAACCUAGUCUUAGCUAUGGGAACAAUGUGAAGCUGCGAAAGCGGCUUGAGACCUACGUCCUGCUCAGCAGCGAGCAGCUCUUCUUACGCUACCUGCAUCUGCUGGUGACCAUGUCGACCCUCCGGGGGGUCUUCACAGAGUCGGCCACCCUCACCCGGUUGGCUGCCAGCCUUGCUAGGGACUGCACGGUCUUUCUCACUAGUCCCAAUGUCUACCGUUACCUGCUCCAGGAUUUCCAGGCCCUGCUGAAGAUAAAACAAGACCCUGGCAAUGUAAGCAUGCUACGCCCUGUCUGCCCCGCUGGGACCUUCAAGUUGUGUCCCAUCCCCUGGCCUCACAGCACUGGCUUCGGCCAAGUGCCAUGCUCUAACCUCAAUCUGAACUACCUCAUCCAACUUAGCCGCCCAACAGAGUUUUUCAGGGAGCCUGAACUGGAUCCAAUGAAAGAAUUAAAGUCCAUCCCUGAGCUGAAGAGUAAAAAGCAUCUUUACUGGCUGCCCUCCAUAAGAAAGGAGAGAGAAGUCGACUUGAGUCCCUCACAGAUGGUGUCACUACCCUGUCACUCUGUGACGCCCACCAGUGCAGCUUUCCCUCUCUCCUUCCGUCUGUGCUCUCAGCUCAAGAGGGGCCAGUCCAUGCCUUCUCUUCGUGAAGGCUGGAUGCUAGCAGAUGAGCUGGGCCUUCCUCCACUCUCUGCUCGCCCCUUGACCCCAUUAGUUUUGGUUCCAGAGAGGAAAACAGAGCUGACUAGAGACUUUGUGGCUGAAGAUCUGAAGCAGAAGAUGAAGAACAUGAUAUGGGAGUGGACUCACUACUCACCAUUGGACUCAGGUCUGCCUCGACUCCUGGGGGCUGUGACCUGCCACCCAGCUGCUGGACAUCGCAUGACAGAACUGCAGAAAAUGUUGAAGAGACUCCAGGAGGAAGAAGUCUCUGAGCAGAAGGACCUUCAGCACCCCAAAUUACCUCCACUUCAACCACAGCCAGUGACCUGUACUUUGAAGCUAAGAAAUCAGGCUGUGUUCCAAGCAGCUGCUGUGCAGCUCUCUGAUAGAAACUUUUUGGACUCUUUUCAUGUUGAGGGAGCUGGAGUCCUGUAUAACCACCUAGCUGGUGAACUAGACUCCAAAAUCAUUGAAGAAAUGGAUACUGAUUACUAUGUUGCCAGUAAUAUCAAGGAAGUCUACAAGGAGUUGAUGAGCUGUGUCUCUACUAACCACCUCUGUUUUGACAAACAACCUCAAGUUGAACCAACAUCAGAGAAAGAUUGGUCAGCUUUCCUGUGCUCAGCUUUUCUACGCCAAGAAAAACAGUUUCAAAUAAUCAACCCUGACCUGGUUGGACUUUACUCCCAGAAAACAAAUACUCUGGAGUCCAGCCCUGAGAAGAUAGCUUCUUUCACAUCAGCCCAACCAACCAAAGGCUGGGAGAAGCAAUCAAAUAAGGCCUCCUGGAUGAACUGGUGGAAAAACAUGUCUGUGAAUGACUACUUCAAGUACCUCACAAACCAGGAGUCAGAUUUCCUCCAUGUAAUUUUCCGAAUGCAUGAAGAGGAGGUUCCUGUAGAGGUAGCAGCGCCUGUCAAAGAGACCUUAGUGAUUCAGCGUCCUCCUCCCUUAAUAGAAGAUGAAGAACCAGACUUUGUGCCAGGAAAGUGGGAUUGGAACACAGUGCUACAACACAGGCUACGAGCUGGGAAGCCCAAUAUCCUGAGCCUGCAGAAGCAUCUGGAACAACUGUGGUCCAUACUCGAGGUCCCCAACAAGGUCCGACUGGACAUGGCCAUUAAGUACAGCUCCAAUGCCCGCCUGCAGCAGCUGCCGUCACUAGUGAAGGCCUGGGAGCAGGCUGUGAAGUCCAUUCAGCUGCGGGAGAUAAUUCUAGGAAAACUGGAGGUGUUUGAGCGACAAGCCUCUGACCCCAAUCGUUUCUUCCAAAAAACUAACUUGGACCUACAUCACCUCCUGGAGCAAGAUCAGUUCCGCAGCUAUAUCCAUAAGCAGCUUAAUCAAAUGGAACCUGCCUUGAUUUCCCUUCUAGAGGAGAUUGAGCAAAUCUUUGAUGAGCCAGUGACCUUCAAGGGCCGGCGCUACCUGGACAAGAUGAAGCGAGACAAAGUGGAGAUGCUGUAUUGGCUCCAACAGCAGCGGCGAUUUCGAAACCUGAUCCAGGCCCAGAAGACCUCCCUCCAGUCAUCCCUGUUCAGAAAUAACAGCAGCCAGCCUUUAAUUGCUCCUGAAAAUACUCCCACUAGCCUUUAACCAAGCCCUGUACCCUCAAAUCCCUCCCUUACCCCAACUCUUCACUUAUGACAACAGCUUUACACAGUAAAACUAAAAUCUUGUAUCUCAAGAACAGAGAUGGUACCUCAGAGUUUUUUUGUAAUGGGAAAGUCAAACAGAAGGAAAAACAUCACUAAUUUCGGAAUAAUCCAGUUUAGCAUUCUUAUGACAUUAAAUUGAUGGUUAGAGAUCCAAAUCAAAAGGCUCAAUGCCAAAAUAGUUAAAAACUAGGGCUCCAGAGUUAGUCAGUAUGGGUUUAAAUCCUGGCCAUUGUGAUCUUAGGAAAGUUACCUAACUUCUCUGCACUUGGGUCAUCAUUUGUCUAAUGAAAGAGCUGGUCCAGGUUGUCACUUCUUCCAGUUUUGCAUAUUAUUGGUUUAUAUUAAACCAGGCUUGAGACUCUAUCUCAAAAACAAAAAACCUUGAUGCAUUCACCCUUGAUUGUGCCUGCUCUCAUCACAGGAUGCCCCCCAUGCUACUACUAGCUUGGAAACUCUUUUUUUUUAUCGGUACCGGAGAUCGAACUCACGACUGCCUGCUUCCAAAGCAGGCGCUUAUGCCGCGGAGCUAAAUCCCCAGCGCCCUAGCUUGGAAACUCUUGAGGCUAGCUCCAUGUAUUACUGUGCACAGCUUAGGCAUUGUAAGAAGAGGUCUACUUCUUCGCAGUUGGCAGCUAUUGUAAGAUUGGGACAUCUUGGAGCCCACUUAAACUUUUAGAUGUCAAAGUGUUCUACCCUAUUCAAAUAAGCAUCCAAGCUCAUUUUUUUAAAUUUUAUUUUUAGUACUAGGAAUCAAACUCAGGACCUUGUGCUUGCCAGGCAGGCACUGUGUGAUUGAGCCAUAUCCCCAGCGUGGCCCAUUUUUAAAUUGAUUUUUUUCUUGAUUUUUCAGAAUUCUUUAUGUGUACAGGAUCUCCUACUGCUGACUUUUUAUGAGUUCGGUAAAUGUAAUAAUAAUGAUAAUUAACAUUCACCCAUGCUUUUCACAACUGCUUUACAGUUGAAUGUAACUUGCCCUUAGCAGUCUGGGGUUUUCAGGUUGCUUUGAUCUGGUAUCAAGCUGUAGUGGGCCAUUGCCUUACGCCAGGCCUCCAUGCAGCUGAAGGCACUGUUCCAUUCUGGCAAACUCAGGUAUGUUGAGAAUCAACACUUUGCCAACAUCGUGCUGAAGUGCAUUAAGAGGAUGUUAUUUAACCCUUGCAGCAUUCCUGCACAAAAUGAAAAGGUAUUGUCACCUCGCUCUGGGAAACCGGAUUCUGACAACUGGAUAAAAAUCAGCCUCUAAAUUAUUAACACUUUUUCAUUAAGCUUUAGUUUUGUUCCAACCACAGAUCUGGAAACCUUUAGACAAACAACUCAUAUCUGGGCUAGGGAGGAUUUAUUGUAGCCCUCUUGCUACCCAGGCAGGAGCAGAGCUUGAGUCUACAAGAACAUGAUGUCUUCAGUUUGCUAUUGCAUUAAAGAGACAAAUGGCCAGGUAUGGUGGUGCACAUCUGUAAUCCCAGCACUUGGGAAGCAGAGGCAAGAGGAUUGCUGUGAAUU